ACGGAGAGACGCGCAGAUCUUCGAUUGGGACCCCUGAGGGAGGGGUCUGUCGACAUGUGGGAGGGCGGGAGCGUGGCGUGUCCCACUCUUUUGUGUUUUUCUGUUCUCAUAUCUCCCUCAUAUCAAUAAUUGAGCGCGAGAGCGGACGGACACCGCGCUAUGAGUUCGACCGCGUCGGGACUGGACAGGGGCCUCGAUCCGCUCUCCGCCACGGACUGCUCGAUCACAGAGUGAGAGGAACGGACGGGACGGAAGAGCAAGAGGUGCCAGGAACCGUAAAAUACAUUAAAGGAAGAAAGGCACACGGGAAGCAUUCCGAUUCCCCACACGACGCGGGGAAAAUACGCGGGGAAAAAUAUUGGUUUUUCGUGAUCGCGGGGGACACCCUUCCUUCGGAAGAAAUUUGGAGCGGGUAAAAACUAAAAGAUCAGGAGCAGCCGCUCGCCCAGCGCCGUCGACGAAGACAUCCCCGAUCUUUGCUCAGGAUACUCCGCCGAGGUGAACACCGCAGCCCGCCCCAAGUCAUGCUGGCCUUUCUCGUGGGCGCCGUGUGGCUCGCAGCGCUGGCCCGCGCACAGAACGAGACGGAGCCCAUCGUGCUGGAGGGGAAGUGUCUGGUGGUGUGCGACUCCAACCCCACCUCGGACCCCACGGGGACAGCGCUCGGAAUAUCGGUGCGCUCGGGUAGCGCCAAGGUGGCCUUCUCCGCCGUGAGGAACACGAACCACGAGCCGUCGGAGAUGAGCAACCGCACUAUGGUCAUCUACUUCGAUCAGGUACUAGUGAACGUUGGCAAAAAUUUCGACACAGAGAGAAGCAAUUUCAUCGCUCCACGCAAAGGGAUUUACAGUUUCAAUUUCCACGUAGUGAAGGUGUACAAUCGCCAGACCAUCCAGGUGAGCCUGAUGCACAAUGGCUGGCCUGUGAUUUCUGCCUUCGCUGGGGAUCAGGAUGUGACACGUGAGGCUGCCAGCAAUGGUGUCCUCAUCGCCAUGGAGAAGGGGGACCGGGCCUACCUCAAGCUGGAGCGCGGCAACCUCAUGGGGGGCUGGAAGUACUCCACGUUCUCAGGGUUCCUGGUCUUCCCCAUGUAGAGGACGAGAAAUGGACCGAAGCAACUGGGGGACUGUGGAGGGGGAGAGAGAGGAGAGGGAUGGAGGGGGAGAGAGAGAGGGGAGGGAGAGA